GCUGUUGACGACGUGACUCUUUCUAAAUAUGGCGGCAUCAACCAUUUGAAUAUUGAAGAAUUUUUUUGUCAUCACUGUGAUAUUUUUCAACGCAACAUGUCAACGUCAAAACCUAAAAAGUCAAACUUUUUAUCAACUGGAAACAGUCAAGCUGGAUCCAGGAAAGGAAAUGUUGGAGCAUCAGUUAUCAAAAGUAAAUAUGGAGGAAGCACUGUUUAUGCUAGUACAAAAUCCAGAUCUAAUUUAAUAGGAUCAGCAAGUAGGAAGGGGCUGGGCGGUGCAGGAGAUAAAUUAACAAGCAGUAAACCUCCUGUUACAGUUCUUGAUGAAGCUGGAAAUGAUGUUACACCUGUACCACUCAUACAGACUGACCCAGCUUUUCUUGGUAAAAAACAGAGUAAUGUUUUGGCGGACAGCUCAGUUGGAACACCAACAGAUUUAAUGUCCCAAGCUUCAAUAUACCAGACAGCCAAUGCUACAGCCAGUACAUUUGGAGGAGGGCCAUUCUCAAGAUCUGUGUUUAGUGCUUCACAGGGAACUGCUACUGAGUCAAUCAUGGGAGAAGAUAUGGCUGAUCAUACACAUGAUGUUUCACAGAGUUGGGACAUCAAAGUGAAGAGAGAAGAUGUUAAAGAAAUAUUACUUGAAGAUGACCUUGAAAAAAUAGUAGAUUUGACCUUGACAGAAACUGCAACAAUCUGGUUACUGGACAUGCCAACUGUUUGUGUUUCUAAUGAAGCAGAUGAAGCUAAAUCUAUCCAAGAAAAAAAUGAGAAAUAUUUACAAUUACAGAAAAACAAAGUUGGUAAUGACCAAUACAUGGAGAGAGGAAUGAACACUUUCAAUGAACCACCAAAAGUCAAGGUUGUUCAAACAACAAAAAUUACACACAAUGAGGUAGGAGUAAAUGCUACGACUUGGGAUAUGUAUGAUACAUUUGAAGCUCAAGAAAAAGAAAAGAAAGAGAAAGAAGAAAAGGAAGAGGGUGAGGGUACAAUAAGUCGUCCAGCAAGUCCUGCUGCAAAGGAGGAGACAACUGCUUCUGAAAGCGAACCAGCUCCAGUGGCUAGAGAAGGAUCAUCUAGGCUUAGACUAGGUGCAGAAAGUAGAGCAACAAUAGCAUCAUCAAUGGCAGGAUCUGAGAGUGUAUUUGCAAGUAAGGAAACAGGAGUAUCAUCCAUACCUAGUGAAUUAUCUACUGUAGAAGAGGAUAGGAUUAUGAAGUCAGAGAAUUUGUUAAGAGAUUUGUUUAUAAUGGAAAGAGUUGUAAAUCUGAAUACAUACCAAUCAAGGCAGGCUUUGUACAGAGGCUAUCCUGUUUUAACAGAAUUAGACAAAGACAGUUCUGCCAAUCAACAGUUAAGUGUUUCUGACAUGGGACCAAACUUUGACAGGUUAUGGUCCUAUCAGUGUCCAUUAACUAAAGGUAGAAAUGUCAGCUCUAUGUCAUGGAAUAAACUUAACCCUGAUUUGAUAGCAGUAGGAUAUGGACAGUUUGAAUUUUCUGAUCAGAAAUCUGGACUUGUAUGUUGCUGGUCACUUAAAAAUCCUGAGUAUCCAGAAAGAAUAUAUACCUGCAAGGAAGGUGUGACAACUGUAGAUUUCUCAAAGAUGCAUCCAUCACUUUUAGCUGUCGGAAUGUAUGAUGGCGGUGUAGCUAUAUAUAAUGUCAAAAGUACAGAGGACGAAGCAAUGAUUGACAGCUUACAAUCUCCAGGAAAGCAUACUGCACCAGUAUGGCAAAUUCAGUGGAUAGAAAAAGAACGAGGAUCUGGUGAAGAGGUGUCAGAGAAGUUGAUCUCCAUAUCCACUGAUGGUAGAGUAACGCAGUGGUCAAUCAGAAAAGGAUUUGAAAGUUAUGACAUGAUGAGAUUAAAGAGGAUGCCAACUAAAUAUGGAAGUAAAAAAGAGAAGAAAGUAGAAGCUUUCAUAUCCAGGCAUGCUGGAGGAAUGAGUUUUGAUUUCCAACAGAGAGAUACAAAUAUAUAUCUUGCUGGUACAGAAGAAGGCCAUAUACAUAAAUGUUCCUGUUCAUAUAAUGAGCAGUACUUGGACAGUUUUGUUGGUCACACAGGUCCAGUUUAUAGAGUAAAAUGGUCCCCUAAUGAUCCAGAUGUGUUCCUUAGUUGUAGUGCUGAUUGGAGUGUAAGAUUAUGGCAUCAGGAUAGAUUUUCACCAGUAUUAACUUUCUUGUCAUCAACAAAACCAGUGUAUGAUGUUGCAUGGUCACCUAAGUCAGCUACUGUGUUUGCAUGUGUUACUGAGAAUUCUGUUGAAGUCUGGGAUUUGAACAUGAGCACGUUAGAUCCUUUAAUUAAGAGUAAUCCAACAUCAGGUGCUAAACAGACUACAGUUACAUUCUCAAGGAAUUCAGAUUGUAUACUGGUAGGAGAUAGUGAAGGACAGGUAACUGUUUACCAGAUGAGAUCUAUGCCAGCACAUGCUGAUCUUGAAAUGUUGAGAACUGUAGUAGAAACAAAUAUGAACAGUGGGUUAGGACAAGAAGUGCCAGAUUUCAUGAAGACAGAGGAAGAGUUAGAUGAUGUUAGUGAAAUGUGAGACGUUGAAGGAUCUGAUAUGAUAACAGUGAAACCAAACUUGUAAGAACUGAGAUACAAUCAUCUGCAGUAUAAAGUAAAAAAUAGGAUUAUGUUUUACUAAAGACUUCAAUAUCCUUCUCAUAAUAUAUAGAAUUUCUAUGGAUAUGAGUCUAGGUAAUAACUGAAUGGAAGCCAUUUUGUGAUUUAUCUUACAGAGAUAUCAAUUUAUAAUUCUAAGCAGAACUAAAACUCCAACAUUUAAUCAAUUUAAAUCCAAUUUAUAAGAUAUUAUUUUUUGUUAAGUCUGUGAUACAUGCCGUCCAUUUUUGUACAAUUAUUGAAAUGUAUUUUAUUGAAUUAUAUGCAUUUUAUUUAUCUGUGACUUGUUACUGAUCUUUUUUAUUCUUUAUUUAUUAAUAAAAGUAUUUUGGAAUAAA